AUUCCAGUUUGGGGAAUGACGGACAACUCCAUCUUUGAUCAACGGAAAGCAAGUCUCAUGGAGGAUUUCGUUGAGAAAAAAACAAUUACUGGAAUGGUGACCCAAAUUAAUUGUAACUUUGAGGAAGUUGUUCCAAGUUCAAAUCCAAACUCUCCGACUGAAUUAGAGGAAGCCAGUUUAUAUACCCACAAAAGCUACAAUGAAGUCUUUACACCUAUCAACUGUUCCAAAAAAUGUCCAGCACUUCCAGAACAGUACCAAGAUUUAUGUAUUGAUGAAGAAGAAAUAAUAUUUUUAAAUAGUUUAAUGACUUAUAAAAAUCAUCUACCAUCUUUGCAUACUCCCUUGAGUUGACUAAAACUAUAUUUGGUAAUGGACUCCCUUUUAGAUUUCAAAGAAAAGAUCUUUGCAGAAACUGAUUUUCCCAGGGAAUGUUUGUCUUUUCAAGAAGAUCUGGAUGUUUUUGUGAAAGAAGACUUUUGUAUGUAUGAAGAGAACUUUUGUAAAGAGAAACUAGAAGAUACAGGUGAAUUCUUAGAAUCUACAAUCCUCAAACAAGAAACUGAUAUUCCAUCACCCUCAGAGCUGAAGGAGUCAUUAAAUUUAAUGCCAGAAAUAAUAAAUUAUGUAGAUGAAAAUGAAAAGCUUUUCAAAAAAGAUCUUACUACCAAGCAUAGAGUUGACCUUGAGGAUAGAUUGAUAAACUGCUCCUCCACAGAGAUUUUGACCGUCCAAAGCCAGAGUGAACCGGAGUGCCAUGAACCAGAGAGCUGUGAAUCAGAUCUUACUACCAAGCAUGGAAUUGACAUUGAGGAUAGAUUGAUAAACUGCUGCUCCACAGAGAUUUUGACCAUCCAAAGCCAGAGUGAACCAGAGCGCCAUAAACCAGAGAGCUGUGAAUCAGACCUUACUACCAAGCAUGGAGUUGACAUUGAGGAUAGAUUGAUAAACUGCUACUCGACAGAGACUUUGACCGUCCAAAGCCAGAGUGAACCAGAGCGCCAUGAACCAGAGAGCUGUGAAUCAGAUCUUACUACCAACCAUGGAAUUGACAUUGAGGAUAGAUUGAUAAACUGCUACUCCACAGAGAUUUUGACUGUCCAAAGCCAGAGUGAACCAGAGCGCCAUGAACCAGAGAGCUGUGAAUCAGAUCUUACUACCAAGCGUGGAGUUGACAUUGAGGAUGGAUUGAUACACUGCUGCUCCACAGAGACUUUGACCGUCCAAAGCCAGAGUGAACCAGAGCACCAUGAACCAGAGAGCUGUGAAUCAGUACCAAGAAUUAAAGAGCCCAACAAUCAAUAUUCAGUUACAGAUUUGAAAAAGCUAUUUUCUAUUGAAGAAGAAAGCCUUGGGAUUAAUCUCCUAGAAGCAGACUGGAGGAAACAAACAGGACUAACUUUGGAACAUCCGAAUACUUAUUUCUAUCAGGAUAAUCUGUCUUCUAAUGACACUAAAAUGGAGAUAUUUUUGCCUAAAGAAGCACUUCAGUUAGAAUCACGGCUAGAACAUAAAGGUAGUUCCUCAUCUAUUAUGCUUAUUAAUGAGAAAUCUACAAAUGAUCAUUUAUUACCUCCACAAAAGAGUCUGUCAUUAACAAAAGAAAUACCAGCUCUUUGUUUUUCUGAUGAAUAUAUCUCUGUUAAAAGACCAAGAAAAGAAGAAAAACCAAAGAAUGAUCAAGAACUAGUUAAUGAAAUGUUCCAAAAGAAAGAAAGUAAAGAUCACUUUGACCUUGAGUGUACAGUACCAUCUAUGGACUCAUCUUCUUCCUUAAAAAUUAAACAAGCAUCUGCUGAACAUGGUAAAAAACAAAAGAAUAAUUUGGAUCUUUUGAGUGACUUCAUGAUGCUAAGAAAUAAACAUAAGACUUGCAUUUCAAGGACUGAAGUCACAGAGAGCAAUAAAAAAGAUGAUAAGGAAGAAUGUUCUUUGACUUGUCAAGAAGAAAGUCCUAUUAUUUGUACUAAUACAACUCUGGAGAGAACAAAUCAGGAAAGGGGAACAAAUAAUGUCAUUGGAAUUCAAGCGUCAGAUAGUCAGUGCCAAGCAUACUCUCUCCUAGAAGCAGCAGCUGCUCCUGUCUUAAAAAAACUUGUAUGCCUCUGUAGUCUCCCUGCUGCUCAUUGGAAAUUUGCCAUUGUUAUUUUCGACCAAACAAGGUUUCUUUUAAAGGAACAAGAAAAAGUAGUAAGUGAUGCUAUUCACCAAGGUGCAAAUGGUGAAAGUGAAAUAGCAUUCAAGUAUGCUGCCCUCAUACACCUUCUGGUAACAAUUAGAGAUGUCCUUUUAACAUGCAGCUUGGACACAGCAUUGGGAUAUUUGUCAAAUGCAAAAAACAUCUACAAAAGCAUUUUAGGCUCCUAUUUGGAUACUGUUUGGAGACAGCUAGCAAUUGUACAGUUUAUAAGGGAGAAAAAGCCUGAAACCAACUACAAAAUACAGGAAUUACAAUGUCAGAUACUAAGUUGGAUGCAAAGUCAACAGCAAAUUAAGGUUAAACCUUGUGAUAAUACAAAACUUUCCUACCUGCGAACUUUAAACUCUGGUUUAACAUUGACUGUCCUUCAUCAAAAUGAAAGAAAAGAUUUUCAGAAAUCUGAAAGUGUUCUGAAAGGUACAAGUUCCUGUGUAGUUGUGCAUAAUCAAUAUAUUGGAGCAGAUUUCCCCUGGAAUGAUUUCUCAUUUGUGGUGGAAUACAAUUAUGUGGAAAACUCUUGUUGGACUAAACACUGUGAAAAUUUGAAUAUUCCUUACAUAGCCUUUAAAGUGAUUCUUCCAGAUACAGUUUUACAAAGAAGCACCUUGCUAGACAGAUUUGGUGGUUUUCUUCUGGACAUUCAUAUUCCAUAUGUAUUUUUUGCAUCUGAAGGACUUCUUAAUAUUCCAGACAUACUUCAGCUGUUAGAAUCUAACUAUAAUAUCACAUUAGUAGAGAGGUGCUACAGUGAGUCAUUGAAACUCUUUGGAAGUACAGAAUGUUAUGUAGUGGUGACAAUUGAUGAACAUACUGCUAUAAUUUUGCAGGACCUAGAGGAAUUGAAUUGUGAGAAGGCAUCCAACAAUAUCAUUAUGAGACUGAUGGCAUUAUCAUUCCAAUAUAGCUAUUGUUGGAUAAUUGUAUAUACCAAAGAAACAUUAAAUUCAGAGUACCAACUUAGAGAAAAGACACUUCAUCACCUAGCACUGAUUUAUGCAGCUUUGGUUUCAUCUGGGCUAAACUCUGAAGAACUAGAUGUAAAGCUUAUAAUUGCCCCAGGAGUAGAAGAGACAGCAUUGAUAAUUCGACAGAUUGCUGACCACAGUGUAAUGACUUCAAAGAGAGAACCUCAUGAAUGGUUGGAUAAGUCCUGGCUUGAAGUUUCACCAUCUAAGGAAGAAAUGUACUUACUUGAUUUUCCAUGUAUUAACCCACUGGUGGCUCAGCUCAUGCUACAUAAAGGACCUUCCCUGCACUGGAUAUUAAUAGCAACUUUGUGUCAACUUCAGGAACUCCUGCCUGAAGUUCCAGAGAAAGUGUUAAAGCAUUUUUGUAGCAUCACUUCCUUAUUCAAGAUUAGUUCUUCUUCCACAACAAAAUCACCUCAAAUUUCAUCACCAUGGGAAAAUGGGAAUCAGAGUGGUACCUUCACUUCUCAGAGUUCAGCUUCUGAUUCUUCUGGCUCUGUCAUUCAAGAACAUAAUGACUAUUACCAAUAUUCGGAAUUAGAAGAGAUAGGAGAGGAAGACAUAAACACUACUUCAAAUUAUAACUCUUCCUUUAUGGAACUAAAAGAAAUGCCAUACACUUCGCCAUCUGUGACUUCAUACAAUCAGACUAGCUACUGGAAAGACUCUACUUGUAACCCUAAUAUAGUACAGAAUAAUAAUCCUUUUCUAGUUGAUACAGAAUCAAGGAGAGCAGCCUGUAACUCCUUUGUAACCCAGAAUGAUUCAGAGUCAGAUAUCUUUUCUUUGGGCCUAACACAAAUUAACUGUGAAACUGUAAUAUCACCAACUGACAUUCAGAAGAGAGUUGUUCCGAAUUUUAUGCAGGAUCAGAAAAAAGGAACACGUGAAGUAAAAAGAUUCAUAAACAAAGAAGUGUCAGCCCCUCUCUUUUCACUAGAAGCCUCUCAAUCUCUUCUUCAUUGGAACUCUAAGAAAAAGUUAUGGGAACGAGAGACUGACUCAUUCAACUUACAUAAUGGUAUAGAGCAAACCACACAUGACAAAUGGUACCGCCAGAAAGAUCAUUUAUUCACUACUCAGCAAAAAUGUCUGCUGGAUGAAUUAGAAGACUUCACAUGUGAAACUUCAGCUGUUGGGACUAAAAAGACUUUCUGGAGAAAAUUAUCAUCUGUCCCCAGUUUGGAUUUACUUUGUGCUUCUGGGUCUAAUGUAAAUCCAAAAGAAUUAAAUAGACAUUCUUUCUACCAAAGAACCAGCAAAUGUGUAGGACAGAAAAGGCAUCCUGAAUCUUCAUCUAACUCAAGAGAUGAGGAAUCAUCAACAGGUUUCAUGUCCUCACAACUACCACAAUUCAAAAAACAGCGUCUUAUGUAUGAAAAAGUCCCUGGUAGAACUGAUGGACAGACUCGGCUGAAGUUUUUUUGA